AUGGCACAGCCCCAGCAGCACCUGCUCACUCUCCCGGAUGAGCUGACGCUCAUGAUCUUCAAUGAGCUUCGUCUCGAUGACCGCCGUGCAGUUCUUCAAGUCAAUAAGCAACUCCUUUGGACGUUUUCUCCAGUGUUCUUCGAAUGUAUCGGUCUUGUGGACGUGAACUUCUUGGAAGGUUCGCACGCCAACCUCGACGGAUACAAGCUUGCCAGUUAUCGGAUAAAGAAUCUUGCUAUUCACAACAACGCUGCACAUAUCUAUCCAAGAGUCCUUAUGCGAACUGGCUCGCGAGUCCACAAUUCAAGUCGCUACGAAGUAUCGAGUUCCAUGCUUUCGAACUUUCUUUUUUUCAUCGAUAUUGAAUUCUUACCCAGCAUCGAAGCGUUAUGCUUCUUCAACAACACCAAAGCACAGACGACGGAUGAUCGUGGUCAAGAAGAUCUGAUGAAGCGAUUCGCGCACAUCAAAUCGAAACACUCGCCUGGGUCUACUCCCGUUCUAAAAGUGUUCAAACAUCGUCAGACUAUACGCUGGCCUACCGGUUCACAGACAGUGCCAGGUCAUGUACUUGCAGCAUUCGUGCAGCAGUUCAGUGGCAUGCUUGUACAAGUCAUUCAACAGAACCUUAGGUACAUGGGGCCUCUCUCCGAUUUCGCAAUCCCGACAUUGGAGUAUGCUUGCCAUCAGCACGGCGAAGACGAACGGAACUAUAGAGACAUCAAAGCCUUCUUCAGGGUAGCAAACGGCCUUGUUGGCUGGGGGAUGAACUUCCCAUCAAUUCUUUACACUGGACUGAUGACGGGAGUGGGUGAUGACUUCAAGCAGGAAGCGGAAGCUCUCGCAGACGCUCUAUCUCCGGCCAUCUCGCUGAAAGUAUUAUUGUUGAUCACCCCAGCUACUUCAGCGGCUUUCAACAAGGUAGCCAAGAAGCAUCAACGCGGUGCAGUAAAAUAUCUAGUCGAUAAGCUCGCGGAUCGGUUCGUCUUUCUAGAGACGGUAUUCGUUGCCAAUCGGAACAUUCUCAAUACCCCUUCUCGCCGACGCCAAAUUCGCCAGGCCGUAUGCUAUCGGAUCAGGUUCGACUUCGACAACAAACAGGACAUGUUUUCGGUAGUUUCCCCACUGAUCAAGGAGCUAUCACCGAAAGAAACGGAAGCCCUCAAGAAUCUUGGAGGAGACACUCUCUUGAUAUUCAAUGAUUACGAGCGUGCCGGAUUGGGUGCUCUCUACCUAGGCGAAGAUGAGACCAAAGUAUGCCAGCAAAAGAGGGAUGAGCGUUUAGAGCAGGAGCAAGAACGAGACUUGGAGCAGCAGGGAAAGGAGACCGGGUUCCCGGAACAAGCGCUCGAUGCUGAUCAAGACGGAGAUUCAGACAUGGAAUUGAAUUGGCCUUAG